CAGAAGCACCGGAUCUCUGAGUAACUCCCUUCAGAAAAUCUUCGCGAUGUUCCUUGCUAAAGCUUUGCUGAGUGGAGGAAGCGGUAGUGGUCGUGGAGGGAGUCUUGCACGUGGCCUUGGAGGUCUCCUAACAGGAGGUGGACACGGAGGGAAUCUUGGAGGGAAUCUUGGAGGACUUGUUGGAGGUCUUGUCAAUCUUAUAAGUGAAGCAGCAGCUCAGUAUAAUCCAGAGCCACCUCCACCUCCUCACAACCAUUUUACGAAUGUGGAAGCUUAUGAGAGUGAGGAGAUCAGACAGUUCCGUCGCCUUUUUGCCCAGCUGGCUGGAGAAGAUAUGGAAGUGUGUGCCACAGAGCUAAGGGACAUCCUGAACAAAGUCAUUUCCAGACACCAAGACUUGAAGACAGAUGGCUUCAGCUUAGACACGUGCCGCAGCAUGGUAGUUGUCAUGGACAGCGAUACAAACGGCAAACUGGGCUUUGAAGAGUUUAAGUAUCUGUGGAACAACAUCAAGAAAUGGCAACGUGUGUACAAGCAGUAUGAUGCUGGACAGUCAGGCACUGUGGGGAGAGCUCAGCUGCCAGGUGCCUUGAAGGCUGCAGGGUUCCAUCUGAAUGAACAACUCUGCCAGGUAAUCAUGCGCAGGUAUGCCGACGAGGACGGGAGCAUGGAUUUCAACAACUUUAUUAGCUGCUUGGUACGACUGGACAGCAUGUUCCGGACCUUCAAGUCCCUGGACCGAGAUGGAGAUGGACAGAUCAAAAUGACCAUAGAAGACUGGCUGCAGCUGACCAUGUAUUCAUGAAGGGACAGCAGAGAAGAGUAAGCUU